AUGUUUCGACCCAAGUCACUCUACCCCAACAAAAUUAUUUACUUGGACAAACGUAAAGUAACGAUCCCCAAAUGGUGUGGAGAACAUUUCGGAGAAAAAGACGAAGAGGAUCAACAGAAAGGAUUUGAUCCCAAAUCAUUACUUUCUAGAAUUCAAUUAUUGAUUCCGAAUCGUGAAUUAGAUUUAGAAUUUUUCACUUGGCAAGGAGAAGAGGCUGUUCAAUACGAAAAAGAACAAGCGAGACUGAGAAAACUAUAUGAACCCUGUGUACGUUUAUUACAAGCCAUUAAAAACUUGCCAGAAAUUCCCUCACAAGAAAUGCAAGACGAACAAGGCACCCAUGUCAUGAAUGUCUUGUCUACCAAUCAUUUGAUACCAAAUCAGGAAACCAAUAGUGGUGAUAUUCAGCCAACUCUUGUGAAGAAUGCCAUCUCAUCAGAAACGGCAAUGGAUCAAUUCUUGGAAUUUAUGAUCAACGAUUGGAAGACUUGUACAUUAUCAGACUUGAUUUACUUGUUGACCAUUCUCACCAAAAAUAGUAAUUUGUUGAAACCAUUCGUGUUGAGAAGACAUGUUGUGAAAAUUUGCAAUUUCAUCAUGCAUGAAAAGAAGAAUGAAAUUGUUUGCAUUUUUGCUCUCAAGAAUUUCCUUUAUGAAUACUUGUCCAUUUCCUGGAAUGUUAUUGCUUGUUUAUUAUUUGAUGAAUUGAGAAAGAGAAAAGAAGUUCUUCCUGUAAAGAAUGAAAAACAGAAAACCCAAAGACCCAAAGCAAAAUACACAUUCGAAAAGAGAUCUGUGGAAUAUUUAUCAAUCUUUGCAAGAAUGAACCAUGACGAGAAAAUGACCCAAGAAUUGGUUAAUAUUUAUGAAUAUGUUCUCAGCCAUUGUCGUAAUUCAUACAUUGUUUCACUAAUCAUCUCAGAUCUCAAAGAAUUGAAGAUUAAUGACAAGAAAAUUUUUAAAGCUGUUUCCAUUCAAUACGCACAUGAUUCCCCCAUUGAAGAGUUGUGUGGAUCUUUUUAUGAAUACUGUAAAGCCACUGACACAUUAUCACUUGUGAAAAACGACGCCUUGCUCAAAAAGAAAGCAUCAAAGGAAGAAUCCAAGAUGAAACACAAAUUGAAAAAUGAAAAAAGAUUACGAGUAUUGAACAUGAUGAGAACAGGACACUCCAUGACGAUGAGUCAGCAACCAAGUACUGAAAUGAAGGUCAAUCCAGAGGUUUACUCUCCAGAAGCUCUGAAAUUACAUUUAGCUGACAUUCUUGCAGGUCUCACUCCCUUUGACAGAGCCGCUUUUGUUAAAAAGUAUUAUGGCAAUGAAAAAAAUUUAGCAAUUGCAGAAGAGAAGGAAUUUCAAUAUUUGGCUAAAUUAUUAAUACGAUUCCGUAAUUAUGGUACUCGUGCAAUGGCCAAAAUGCAAGGAAGAAGUGUGAUGGACAAUAUUGACAUCAAUGACUUGAAAGAGUUUUCAAGCGAAUCCUUUGAACGAUGUAAACGUUUUGAACAUUUUGAUUAUUUACCUCAAGACGUGAAUCCUCUCAUUGAACAUGUGUACUCAGAAAAGGCAUCUUAUAGCUAUGAUGCUCUCUGGUCACUCUCUUUAUGUGUCGAAAACGAUGGAAUGAUUAUUGAAAAAUUUUCACAUAACAUUUGGAGUGAAAAACCAAUGUAUACUUAUCUGAUUGAUUAUGGAAUUAUUAAGAGAUUGGAAGAGUUAAUGUUCAUCUAUCUCACUGGAAACGACACGGGAGACGAUCGAUGUGAACGACUUCAAUUUGUAUGUGAGAGUAUUCGAUUGGUGACCACACUUUUCGAAUCCAUGAGAACACACGGAGAAUUAUUUAGAAUUGACUACAUUCUGAAAGAGACUAAAAUUCUAGAAUACCUCAUUGCUGCCAUUUAUUAUUGUAGAACUGAUGGAAUUAUUAUGGCCAAUUUGAGAAAAUGUUUUAAAGCACUCUGUGAAUCUCAUCCAAAAGUUGCCAUGAGUCUCAUCUUUGACAAGUACAUGUUAGCUGCUCUCAUUGAAAUGCUACGUUAUGGAAAGACGAUGAGUGAAAAGAGAGUUCCAAAAGUUGAAAAUUUUAUCGAUUUCCCACUCAUUAUGGAGUUUAUUUUCGAAACUUUGUCUGAGGUCUGUUUACCAACCGUUGUGAAGGAAAGUACAGGACUAUUACCAAAGAAACAACAACAAAUUUUAACAGCAGUGACAGAUUCUGGUUUGCUUGUUGAAAUUUUAGAAUUCAUGACAGCAAAGAAACAUUUAUUUGAUGCCUUUGUCGUCUAUGCCUUGAAAGAACCUGAAAAAGACGAUACCUACGAUUGGAUUGCACAUCUCAUUUCAUUACUGUCCUAUUUCUCAAGACAUCCUCCCAUGAGAGAAGAAUUCUAUUCCAAUGAUUUUAAGAUUUUUAAGUUUUUAUUAUUCAAUCUUAUUUUCCCAUUGAGUGAAGUGAUCAUGAAAAAGCUCACCAUGAAAAAUAGUGUCUAUUACAUUUCUGCUCCAACACUUCUCAAUUCAUUCAGUAUUAUCAAUCAUUUACUUUGGGAUGAAAAAACUCGAGAGUACAUUUCUCGUAUUGAGAAUAGAACUUGUAGUAAUUCUGGAAAAACACUUGAAGAUCUUUGUUUCACAUGGUAUCAAGUCAUUUCCAAAAAGUAUUACGAAACAAAGCAAUUAACAACUAAUGAGGCCAUGUAUUGGGCUCGCUCAUGGUUCUGUCUCGCAGGCAUGAUGCUCUCUUCCGAAUUGAAACGAAAUCUCAUUGUGGAAAAGCAAUUACUUUCUAAAGUGAUGCAAGUGCUUCAAAACAAACCACACCAUUUAGUGAGAGACAUUAAAUCUGUCAUUUGUAAAUUCCUCAUGAUGGCCUUACGAGAGGAAUAUGCUCAAGACAAGAUUGAUAUUGAUCUCGUAUUGAAAUUUAUAUCACGAGAGCUGAAAAGUUGGAAACAACCUUCCAUCAUGUUGAAUCAAAAUUUAAUUUCACAAAAUGUCAUUCUUUCACUUUUCUAUGACAUGAUGGGAGUAGAAGUAUUCAAAUCACAAGCGAUUGAACUCAUUCAAACCAAAUAUACCUCUUUGAAAACUCAUUUGAAACUUGUGAAUCAAACCGAAGAUUUACCAAAAUGCAAUUUUUGUGGACGUGAAAGUAAUGACAAGGGUCAAAGUUUGAAACGUUGUGCUGGAUGUAAUCUUGUCAAGUAUUGUAGUGUCGAAUGUCAGAGAAAAGAUUGGCCUUCACAUAAACCCAUCUGUAAGGCACAUCAAGAACGAAUGAAAUCUCAACAAGAAGAAGAAGAAGAAGAUGUGAAAACAAACAAUUCCUCCAAACAAUAUUCUGCAGAAACUCUAAAAACGAAAGGAAAUGAUGCAUUUAAACAACAAAAUUUUACCAAAGCCAUUUCACUCUAUGAGAGAGCAUGUGAACAAGAAGAUUCCAAUCCUAUUCGACACAUUCUGUAUUCGAAUUUAGCUCAAUGUUAUUUUUGUUUACAACGUUAUUCAAAGAGUAUUGAAUAUUGUGAUUUGGCAUUGAAAUUGGAUGCCAAUUAUACAAAGGUGUUUUAUCGAAAGGCAUCAUGUUUGAUGGAAUUGAAUCAGCGAACACAAGCCAUGAAAGUUGUGAAUGAAGGAUUGAAGGUAGAACCUACGAAUGAACAAUUAUUGAGCUUGAAAAAGAAAUUAAUGGUGAAAUAA